AUGAUUGAUUUAAAUAGCAAAAUAAACUCAUUUUUUAUUUUUAAUUCUACCUUCGGUCCUAAAGAAGGAGAGGAAUUAAAAAGGAUAUUAUUUUUCCAUCCAAACCAAGUGACCGCUGAUGCGAGAAAAAUACAGGUCGGUUUAUGUGAAGCAGUUGUAAAAUUUAUGUCAACCUUUUCCUCCGAACCUUGUGAAGCUCUGCAAACUCAAACAAAGAGAUAUAUAUUUUUCCAGCCUGAAAAAAAUUAUUGGAUGGUGUUGGUUGUGAGAAUGCCAUACGCAACUAAAUCAAUGUCAUCGAUUGGAGAGAAAAGGGGAGAUAUGAUCCAACCUGUAAUGAUGCAAAAUUUACUUGUAACUGCAUACAAAAUGUUCAGGAUGUUUGUAGGCUUAUUCACUGAUAUUACUGCAGAAGAUAUCUAUACUAAAUGUCAACAGUUUUUUACUCCUUACAUACUGUCAAGAAACAUCACAAAUGAUGUAACAAAUGUUAUUCAAGGCAUCAACUACCUACCACUGGAAAAGAAUUCAUUUUUCAAAGUUGUUUGCUUUAUAGAUCUUUUAGAAAUAAAUUACCCAGAUUUUAAAUGUAUUGCAUUUAUUUACAAUGAACAACUCAUUUGGAAUGGACUUUCAACAGACAACAUGCUGACCCUGUAUCAAUAUUUAGUACAGAGUUUGCUUCCAAAACAAGUGGAAAAGGAGAUACAAGGAGGUGCUGUUACAGCUGCACAAAGACAUGGUCGUUUCAUUAGUCCUCCUGAUGGCAUUCAUACACUUGAUGACAUUCAGAAACUUAUUAAAGUACACUUGAAGUUAGAAGAUGAUACAGAAACUAAACAAUAUCAUUUAAUCAUUUAUAGAACUCUGAGUGCAACUAUCUGUUUAACCGUAGAUGCUAAGAAGACAUUGGAGUUACAAACAUUUAGGUCUCUUGAUGCUUUUAUUGGUCCUCAGUUAUACAAUAUUGCAUCAACUGUAAGUGAACAAUGUACAGUACACGCCUUGCAAAAUGCACAACUGGCCAACACAGAAAAUAAAUUUAUAUAUUUCAACAGGUUAAAUUUGGCUUUCAAAACAUCAGCACCAAUAAAUAGUUUAACUCCAUCAGCAGCUAUUAAACCAGAGGUUUUGACUAUAAUUGCGGGAUUACAUUCAGAUAGAAAAAGCCUGGGCAAUUAUGGUGAAAUCAUUAUUAAAACCUUAGAUGAAUAUUGGAUUACUGGAAAAUCAUCAAAUGAAAGAGAAUUCUAUGUGGUUUUACAGAGGAAAAAUGCUAAUAUAAUUGAAGUAGCAGAAGAAGUGAAACAAAUAUGUGAAGCACAAAUGAAAGGCAUUUUCUUUUAUCCCAUAUGA